AUGGAUGAAAGUGCUAAGAGAAUGGAAGAAGGCAUCAAUGUAGCAUUGGAUAUUGAUGAAGCUAAAGAUGAUGUCUUGAAGAAGCAAGAAACAACCAAUAUUAAUGGAAAUUCUAGUAUUGAUCAGCAGGACACAGAGACAGUGGCUAAGCCUGCAUUGGUUAAGCAAAAGACAAAAAGGGUUGCAACACUUGAUGCAUUUAGAGGCCUCACCAUUGUGUUGAUGAUAUUAGUGGAUGAUGCUGGUGAAGCUUAUCCACGCAUUGAUCACUCUCCGUGGAAUGGAUGUACUUUGGCAGAUUUUGUUAUGCCUUUCUUUCUUUUCAUUGUUGGUGUUGCCAUUGCUCUUGCACUUAAGAGAAUUCCCAAGAUAAAGUUUGCUGUGAAGAAGAUAAUACUCAGGACAUUGAAGCUCCUCUUUUGGGGCAUAAUUUUGCAAGGUGGAUACUCGCACGCCCCCGAUGAACUCGCGUAUGGAGUCAACAUGAAAUUUAUUCGAUGGUGUGGUAUUCUCCAGAGAAUAGCCCUUGUAUAUUGUGUUGUGGCUCUAAUAGAAACAUUUACAACCAAGCUUAGACCAACUACCUUAAGUCCGGGACGCAUAACCGUUUUCACUGCUUAUAAAUGGCAAUGGUUUGGAGGCUUUGCAGCUUUUCUCAUUUACAUGAUCACAACCUUCGCAUUGUAUGUUCCUGAUUGGAGUUUUGUAGAUCACGUUAAUGGCGACGUACCAAAGAGAUACACGGUGUUAUGUGGAAUGAGAGGACACCUAGGACCUGCAUGUAACGCAGUUGGAUACGUCGAUAGACGAGUCUGGGGGGUUAAUCAUCUUUAUUCUCAACCUGUUUGGAGACGCUUAAAGUCAUGCACAUUCAGUUCUUCCGGUGAAGGACAAUUUCGCGAUGAUGCUCCAAGUUGGUGUCUUGCUCCAUAUGAACCAGAGGGCUUACUAAGUUCUGUAUCAGCAAUCCUCUCUGGCACCAUUGGAAUCCAUUAUGGACAUGUCUUGAUUCAUUUCAAGGGUCAUUCAGAAAGGCUCAAACAUUGGCUCUCAAUGGGGUUUGUGUUACUCAUAAUAGCCAUUGUCCUUCAUUUUACAGACGCUAUUCCAAUUAACAAGCAACUCUAUAGUUUGAGCUAUGUUUGUUUCACGGCCGGUGCAGCUGGAAUUGUCUUCUCUGCCCUCUACAUAUUGAUUGAUGUUUGUGGGAUCCGUACUCCAUUCUUGUUCUUGGAAUGGAUAGGGAUGAACGCGAUGUUAGUGUUCGUGAUGGCAGCUCAGGGAAUUUUUGCAGCAUUUGUUAAUGGCUGGUAUUACGAAGAUCCAAACAAGUCACUAGUACACUGGAUCAAGAAGCAUGUGUUUGUAAAUGUUUGGAAGUCAGAGAAAGUUGGAACUCUCUUAUAUGUGAUCUUUGCAGAAAUCACAUUUUGGGGAGUAGUAGCUGGCGUGUUGCACAAGUUAAAAAUAUAUUGGAAAUUGUAA